GAGUCAGUUUAACGAGCGUUUUUCCGAACCCCUGACAUUGAGACGUUGAGUGUUCCUUCCUUCGGAGGGUCGGUCAAUAACAGUGCCCCUGAUCCCAUGGUCCCAAGGGCCCAGGUGUGAAACCCAGCCUUGUCAGUCUCCGUCAUCGUGUCUGAGAGGAGAGCGCUGAUCGACUGACCGACCCACCGACCAUCCGUUAUACUUGGCUAGGUUCAUGGGCAACGUGCACGCCCGCGAGCCCGCGCCCCCGCCGUCCACGACGGGUGCGGGCUCGGAAGACGCCACCGUGUCAUUGUCGGGGAUUGGGGCGCAAGUGACCAAGAUCCACAUCGAUGGCGUGGAACGCACUCACGAGGACCUGGUUCUGCGGAAGAUCAACCCCGUGUUCCAGGUCCGACAUUUUGAGGAGUUGGUCUUGAAGGCCCAUGAAGCCCGGAGCGACCUUCAAGAUCUGGGUUGCUUUUCGGAUGUGUCGAUUCACAUCGAUACCGCGGAAGAAGGCGGUCCCAAGGACUACGAGGUAACCUUUAAAGUGACAGAGUUGCGCCGAGUGGUCGGCUCCAUCAACACCAUGUUGGGCAACCAGGAGGGCUCGCUCUUCACCGGUCUCAAAUGCCCCAACCUCCAAGGACGGGGCGAGCAGUUUCAAGUGGACUAUACCUAUGGCAGCAAGAAGACCAAUGCAUUCAACGUCAGAUACAUGAAACCCUUCCACGACGACAACAAGACUAUCUUGUCGAGCUCAAUCUUUCAGCAAAUUGCCGAGUUUCCGCCCUCAGGCUUCAAGGAGCUCAAUCGCGGGGGAUUGGUGGACCUUUCGUUCAUCUCGGCCCCCAAUAUCAACCACAAUCUUCAGUACGAAGCCUGUUGGCGAGAGCUUCGCCCACUGACCAAAUCAUGUGCCUUUGCCGUGCGGGAACAGGUCGGACACUCCCUCAAGUCAGCCCUACGGCAUAUUCUAACCGUAGAUCGACGGGAUAAUCCCGUAUUCCCUAUUGAAGGAUCGUUGUUCCGUCUGACCCAAGAGUAUGCCGGUUUGGGCGGAGACGUGGGCUUUUUUAAGAACGAGGUGUGGCUCGAGGCAAACGCUCCCAUCUUUGGGCCGGACUUUGUGCUUCAAGGCACGUUGAACUGUGGUCUAAUGAAAGCCUUAUCGGAUGGGAAACGGAUCACUUUGGCCGAUAACUUCUACCUUGGUGGACCCCUCAAUGUUCGUGGGUUCGAUAUGAGAGGAGUGGGCAACGAAUCGGACGGAAAUUAUCUUGGCUCGGAUAUGUUCUGGUCCUCUGGCCUUCACUUGUUUGCCCCGCUUCCAUUUCGACCGGGUCGAGGCGGUUUUGGCGAUCUGUUCCGCACUCAUUUGUUCCUCACGGCCGGCAAUCUCUGCCAAUUCAACCGCAACAAUCAUAUUGGCGAUGGAAAUCGAUUUCUAGAGAAUGCCCUCAGGAACUUCCGGCUUUCAUAUGGGCUCGGGGUGGCCUUUCGAUUGGGCGGAAUCGGGCGACUGGAAUUGAAUUAUUGCAUUCCUGUACGAUGUGAACGCGGGGACAAACCCGCACCCGGGCUUCAAUUUGGGGUGGGGGUCAAUUUCCUGUAACUCGUGCAGUUGAUCCAUGGUCUGACGAAAAAUCCUAUCCUAUUGCUGCCGACUUGUUAGUCUAUAAUAAAUUGAUUAUUUAGAGGAA